AAACUAGCAGACACAAAGACACGUACCUGACUUGUUGCUAGAGUUAAGACGCGAAGGACAGGAAGAGAAGACAGCAAGAAGAAGAAGAAGCAAUGGAAAUGAUGAAACUGGCUUUGAUGUCCACGUUUCUCUUUUUCCUGCUUUUCUCAACAGCAUCUCAUGCCUAUCUCGCACCUCGUACGUUGCUUUACAGCUUCUCUAAAAGCAGCACCAACAGCAACCGCUCCUUGACCACUAAAGAACUCUGGUUUAAUCAGACGCUUGAUCACUACUCUCCAUUUGAUCACCAUAAGUUUCAACAACGGUAUUAUGAGUUUCUUGACUACUUCAGAGUGCCUGAUGGACCCAUCUUUUUGAAAAUUUGUGGGGAAUCUUCAUGCGAUGGGAUAGCCAAUGACUAUAUCGGCGUUUUGGCGAAGAAGUUUGGAGCAGCUGUGGUCUCACUUGAGCAUCGUUACUAUGGAAAAAGUUCACCCUUCAAAUCAACAACAACAGAGAAUUUGAGAUAUCUUUCAUCUAAACAGGCACUCUUUGACUUGGCUGUUUUUCGUCAGUAUUAUCAGGAAUCCCUAAACCUGAAGCUCAAUAGAACAGGCGUUGAAAAUCCUUGGUUUGUUUUUGGUGUUUCAUACUCUGGAGCUCUUAGUGCAUGGUUUCGUCUUAAGUUUCCACAUUUAACAUGUGGGAGUCUUGCAAGUUCUGCUGUUGUUCUUGCUGUUUAUAACUACACUGAAUUUGAUCAGCAGAUUGGUGAGUCUGCCGGGGCUGAAUGUAAAGCUGCACUACAAGAAACUACUCAACUUGUAGAAGAAAGGCUUGCAUCUAAUAAAAAAGCAGUGAAGACCUUGUUUGAUGCAGCUGAGCUUGAGAUUGAUGGUGACUUCCUGUAUUUUCUGGCAGAUGCAGCUGCUACAGCGUUUCAAUACGGAAAUCCGGAUAAACUAUGUCCCCCACUUGUUCAAGCAAAGAAGGAUGGAGAAGAUCUGGUGGAGGCAUAUGCAAAAUAUGUUAAAGAAGAUUACGUUGGAAGUUUUGGUGUCAGCGUUCAAACAUAUGAUCAAAGGCAUUUGAAAGACACUACUCUUAAUGAGAAUUCUGGUGAUCGGUUGUGGUGGUUCCAAGUAUGUACAGAAGUAGCAUAUUUUCAAGUUGCACCUGCAAAUGAUAGUAUUCGCUCCUCACAAGUUGACACAAGAUAUCAUUUAGAUCUUUGUAAGAAGGUCUUUGGAGAAGGCAUCUAUCCUGAGGUUGACAAAACUAAUAUAUAUUAUGGGGGCACAAAUAUGGCAGGUUCAAAGAUCGUUUUUACAAAUGGGUCUCAAGAUCCCUGGCGCCAUGCAUCAAAGCAGAUUUCAUCUCCAGAUAUGCCCUCCUUUGUGAUGUCUUGUCAUAAUUGUGGUCAUGGAACUGAUAUGCGAGGAUGUCCACAAUCUCCCUUCAACAUUGAAGGUAAUGCUCGGAAUUGUGGUUCCCCUGAUGCAGUUGAAAAAGUAAGGCAUCAGAUCAUAGAAAAGAUGGACUUGUGGCUCUCUGAGUGCCAUGCUAGCGGUAGGAGUUCCAUGUGAUGCUAUUUAUAGCAGAGACGCAUAUAUUUAUAACACGGCUGAUUAACUAACCUUUAUCUCAUGUAUUACCUUCUUAACAGAUGUUUAGUUCCUCAUCUAUGAAAUGUAUUGCCCGCAUGAUUGUGAUCUUGUCUUCCCUGGAACCCAAGUGUGUAGCAAAUGGCAGUUAUGAUCAAACUUGUUUUAUUUAUUCUCCAAAUGUUACUUUCUCCUUAAAUGCGACAGCCAACUAUAAUGAAGAGCAGGAGGAAUUACAACUGUUAA